GCUCCGUGAGUGUGGAAAGUUGUCGUUUGCCCAUUUCUUUUGGAUCAGCUUUUUAUUAUUUUUAACAAAUCCGUUUUUAUACACUCGGGUUCCUUACGCAUGGUGGAGAGGUUUGGUGACGCACAAGGAAUGUUUCUACGCUCGUGGUAGUUUCUCUCUCUCUUUUCGGAUCUCAGCAGUUCGGCAUUGGUCUCUGAUGCCCAUGGAACAAGAGGAUACAGGCUUUCUUCGCACGUUAGUUUAUGGAUACAGCGUGCAUUACAGAUCCCAGGGAAUGCAGUGAUACGUGUAACCAAGUCCUAACCAUUCGGAGGGUCUUGAAACAUUGUAUCAAGACAAGGAAAAGCAACUUUAAAUGGAUCGCCAUUCCAGCCUUGUUUCUCUCUGGUUUCAGCUGGAACUUUGCGCGAUGGCUGUUCUUCUCACGAAAGGAGAGAUCAGGUGUUACUGUGAUGCGCCACACUGUGUUGCCACUGGAUAUAUGUGUAAAUCGGAGCUUAACGCAUGCUUCACCAAGGUCCUGGACCAACUUAACAUGAACUCACCUCUAACACACGGCUGCCUAGAUCCAGUUUUAAACUCUGCAGACGUGUGCGCCAAUAAAAACAUGGACAUUUCUGACAGAAGCUCUUCUCCCAUAGAAUGUUGUCAUGACGAUAUGUGUAACUACAGGGGUCUGCAUGACCUCACGCACCCUCGGGGUGAUUCCACAGACCGAUACCACAGCUCCAAUCAGAACCUAAUCACAAGGGUGCAAGAGUUAGCUUCUGCUAAAGAGGUGUGGUUCCGCGCGGCAGUCAUAGCUGUUCCCAUCGCGGGCGGCCUUAUCCUGGUCCUGCUGAUUAUGCUGGCAUUGCGAAUGCUACGUAGCGAAAACAAGCGGCUGCAGGCCCAGCGCCAACAGAUGCUAUCCCGCCUGCAUUACAGUUUCCAUGGACACCACCAUGCCAAGAAAGGCCAUGUUGCCAAGUUGGACCUGGAGUGCAUGGUGCCGGUAACGGGACAUGAGAACUGCUGUCUGGGCUGCGAUAAGCUGCGGCAGACAGAACAUUGUGCUGGAGGAGGGAGCGGAAGUGAACACCUCCUAUCUCUGGUGCACUGGGGGAUGUAUACGGGACACGGCAAGCUGGAGUUUGUUUGACUACUUGGAGCUGCCUUGUUUGAACAUGGUCUUUCUCGCUCACAGUAGGUAGAGUGUAGAGUUGGCAGUUGUAAUUUUAUUAUUGUACUCUCCACUUGUUAUUUUAUUGUCUCCUUUUCUUGACUUGGAGAAGAGUGAAGAAAUUUCAAGGACACAAAUGUUUGUGUUUUCCCAAAAGAGCACUUUACUUGAAUUUGAGUGGCUGGUCUAUGUGGGGCGGAGCUAUAUUUAAAAGGGUGGAGCAAAUGACUUAAACCCCCACCCUUUACCCCACUGAGACAUGGCCUGUGGAUCCUGGACUGACACCGAAAGCUGAAGGAUUCGUAAAAAAGACGUCAUAUUUUGCACAUUUGUAUAAAACCGACGAGAUAUUGAUGAGGGGUAUGAAUGGUCAUAGAGUUGCAUUCAAAGCGACUUUUAUUUUUUGAAGAAUUUUACACUGACAUCAGGGUACAAAUAUUGUUUGUCUUAGUCAAAUUGUAUCAA